AUGUAUGCUUCAGAAUUCGCUUCAUCAACUACAGAAUCUUUAUUUGAAUCUUUAUUUUCAGGAGAUGUGAUUUGCCAACUUCUGGAAGGCCUAUCGGAAGUGUUGCAGCGGAGAAACGACGGCGAGAGAUGUUGGCGAGUGACUGCGAAGGGUAAGUCUAGAGUGCACGUGACAUUUUGCAAUACCGAUGCAAAAAAUCCUGACUGCUCGAUUCGGGUGAAGUGGCAUCAACACCCAGUGGGUGACACCAAAGGCCUUCAUUCCAUCGAUACGUUUGUCCGGAACGUGAACUUGCGGAAGCAUUUUCAAAUAGAAGAUUUCGAUGACGAGUUCUUCGACAACGUUCUGCAGUUGCUGUUCAACCAAAACGGCCUUAGAGGAAGAAGCUGA